AUGUUGGACUGUUUUCCUGACUUCCACUAUCUAACCACCUUUUUAAAUUUGACUAUACCCUUUGACACUUGCUUUACAGCAUCCCGGCCCUGUCUGUAUAAUGGCAUGCCUGCUCACUUUGCCGACUCACCUCAGAUGGAGGCCGUCUACAAGAUGCUGUCAGUCACCCAGCCUCCCCCUGCCCCCGAGGUCAUAACCAAGCAGUUCCGACCAGCCAGCGUGGUAGACAAGGCCCACAUCAACGGCAGGUGGUUGGACUCAUCUCGUUGUCUCAUGCAGCAGGGCAUCCAAGAAAAUGACAGAGUUUGGCUUCGCUUCAAAUACUUUGCCUCCUAUGAUAUAGAUCCUAAGUAUGAUGUUGUGCGUCUGACCCAGCUCUAUGAGCAGGCGCGCUGGGCCAUCCUGCUGGAGGACAUCGACUGCACCGAGGAGGAGAUGAUGUUGUUUGGAGCUCUACAGUACCACAUCAGUAAGGUGUCUGAGUCGGAGCCCAAGGCGCUGAGCUCCAGUGCAGCUAUGGACGACCUGGAGUCUGCCCUGCAGUCCCUGGAGGUCAAGAUGGACGGAGAGAGCAGCUCCGCCUCCGAGAUGCUGGAAAACAUGACUGCACCAGAACUCAAUGACUAUCUGAAGAUAUUCAGGCCAAAGAGGCUGACUCUUAAAGGAUAUAAGCAGUACUGGUUCAAGUUCCAGGAUACCUCCAUCUCUUAUUUCAAGAGCAAAGAGGAGAGCAUUGGAGAGCCCAUUCAACAGAUUAACCUCAAAGGAUGUGAGGUGGCUCCGGACGUUAACGUGACAGCCCAGAAGUUCUUAAUUAGACUCCUGAUACCAGCGCCUGAGGGCAUGAACGAGGUCUAUCUGCGCUGUGAAAAUGAGCAGCAGUAUGCUCAGUGGAUGGCUGGGUGUCGACUGGCCUCCAAAGGCAAAAGUCUGGCUGACAGCAGUUUCCAGAGUGAGAUCCAGAGCAUCCGCUCCUUCCUGGCUAUGCAGAAGACCAGCUCAGGUUCCCAUGGCAACGCAAAUGCUAACGAUGAAAGCAUCAAUCCUCACAGUCUGGUGUCGCCACGCUACCAUAAGAAGUACAAAGCCAAACAGCUGACUCCUCGUAUCCUGGAUGCAUACCAGAACGUGGCUCAGCUCUCACUGACAGAUGCAGUGAUGCGCUUCCUGCAGAUCUGGCAAGCCCUGCCAGACUUCGGGCUCUCAUACGUCGUUGUCAGGUUUAAGGGCAGUCGUAAGGACGAGGUACUGGGCAUUGCUCCCAACCGUCUGAUCCGUAUCGACCUGGCUGUGGGGGAUGUGGUGAAGACCUGGCGCUACAACAACAUGAAGCAGUGGAAUGUCAACUGGGACAUACGACAGGUGGCCAUAGAGUUUGAAGGCAACAUCAACAUUGCUUUCGCCUGCGUGACCGCCGACUGCAAAAUCGUUCACGAGUUUAUUGGAGGCUACAUUUUCAUGUCGACACGCAGUCGUUCGAAGAGUGACACGCUCAAUGAAGAGCUUUUCCACAAGCUGACCGGUGGCCACGAAGCUCUCUAACUAAAACACACAAAUAAUCCCACAUAAGGUCUUCUGUGUGCCUCAACAGAAGGAUACAUUAUGGAAUAGAUAAAAACAUAAAAACGGUCAAAAAUGAUUCUAAAUAAGUUUCUGAUCUUGUGUCUAUCGGUCUAUCCUUUUAUAUAUCCUAUGUUAUACACAUUCACAGAUAUAGUGGAUGGACAACAUGUUCAGACAGUUCAAGACUCAAGGUGUUCCCCAUGCUGACUCUUAACUUCAGGAUGGACUGUUGCUGGUUCAAACUGCUGGACAUCAGAACCAGUCUCAGCAGGCUUGAAAACCAAACUAAUGAAAAUGUAAAAUUAAAUGUUGCAUCAGCUAGCAAAUAGUUUCCUGUUUCGAUCUGCAGCGUCCAGACUUCCUUUUCGCUCAGGAUGGAAAUCCUUGCUUUGUAAAGAGCUGCAGUAUUAUUGCCAGCAGCCACAAUAUCACUGCCAAUAAUUAAAACAAGGCGUAGAAAAAUACAUGCCAAUAGUAAUUGUUUUCACUAAUAAACAUUUAUUCAAGUAAA